GAAGUAGUGUGAACACAAGCAGUUGAUCGUCAGCUGUCUACAGCUGCGUUGACAACAAAAUCACAAGAUUGUGUUUACUUUAAGAUUUUGAGUUCGACAUAAUGGCUGGCACGGCGUUGAAGAGACUGAUGGCUGAGUAUAAGCAGCUGACAUUGAAUCCACCAGAGGGGAUUGUUGCUGGUCCGGCAAAUGAAGAAAACUUCUUUGAAUGGGAGGCACUCAUUAUGGGUCCUGAAGACACCUGCUUUGAGGGGGGGGUGUUUCCUGCCAUCCUGAGCUUCCCCUCAGAUUACCCCCUCAGCCCCCCCAAGAUGAGGUUCACCUGCGAGAUGUUCCACCCCAACAUCUACCCAGAUGGCCGCGUGUGCAUCUCCAUCCUGCACGCUCCCGGUGACGACCCCAUGGGCUACGAGAGCAGCGCAGAGAGGUGGAGCCCCGUGCAGAGCGUGGAGAAGAUCCUCCUCUCCGUCGUCAGCAUGUUAGCAGAGCCCAACGAUGAGAGCGGAGCCAACGUGGACGCCUCCAAGAUGUGGCGCGAGGACAGAGAACAGUUCUACAGCCUGGCCCAACAGAUCGUCCGCAAGUCGCUGGGCCUCUAAUGCCAUCAUUUCCCUCAGCGCGCUGGCUCUGCCUAGCCUGGUCCGCUCCCAUUUCCCCCUCACACAAGCUUGUCAACGAAUCUGGGGCCGGGAGACGCCAGUGACAAUCGAACUGACUAUGGAUGCUACUGGAGACUGCAGAUGACUCCGCUGGCUUGGACUGUUCUCGUCCCAACCUCGUCAGUGUUCCACAACCAUCCUGUUCAGAUAACCAUUUGUAUCAUCAUCAUGCUCUCUGUCUCUCUCUCUUUCUCUCUUUCUCGCUCUCGCUCUCUCUCUCUCGCAAUAUCUUCUGUCUAUCUUCUCUUCCGCUCGCUCCCUUUCUGUCUUCUGUCUCUCUCUGGCUCUCUCUCUUUGAAGCACUUUAUUUUUCCAAAGGAGGAUAUUUUAAGCAAUGUUACUACUGUCCAGGAUGCCACUUAUUCGCAACAUAACUAUAUAGUGGUGCUGUGACUGAAAUAUUAGAAUUGUUUAUAGGGAUGUAGUGUGUUUGAGAACUCAAGCUGCAUGGAAUAGAACAUCUGGCAAUAACACCAGUGACUUCAAUAUGUAUUGAGGUGAAUGCAGUAAUGUUGAAAGCUAGAAAUGAGCUACAGUCACUUUCAUGCCCAAGAAACACCCACUGAACAUCAACAGCUAUUUUACAGAAGAAUUCAGCAAAUAUUUUACAUCAAGAUUUUCUAUGCCACAGAACUGAAGGGGUGGGGGGGGGGGGGAUCUGGAACAUUUGACAGUGUUGUUUGGGGGGAGGGGGAAGAGUUUAUUUAGGCUAUGUUUGUUACUUGUGUGUCUCUUUUAGGGUUUUGAUAGUCAUUGGACAUUGUGUGUACCCAUGAUGCUACUGCCUCAUUCACAAUGAUGAAAAGCCUCUCUUCAUCGUCAACUUCCUGUUUGAACCGUGUAUCUGUUAGAAUGGCUGACAGGUACCAUGAGAGUAGCAUUGGACUAGGAGUAGUGUCUUCAUUAGGAAUGUGAACAGGGGUAAUAAAGAGAGACUCCUUGUAGACUAGAAGUAUGUCUG